CUGGGCCGGGUUCGGAUUAGGCAUGGCCGGCAAGCGGUGCGGCGGGGUCGGGGAGCGGAGCGGGGAGCCUGCCGCCAAGCGCGCCUGUGGCCCGCGGGACGAGGAGUUCAAUGGCGCCCGCUUCAAGGCGCUGCUGCGGGACCCCGCGGCCGCCGCCAAGGGGCUGGAGACCUUCGUGUCCAUCGCCAAGAUGCUGCCAUCGCCCCAAGUGUACGAUGUCGUGGAAGGAUACGUGAAAAUUUCCAUGGAGUGUGCUGAGAUAUUCAAGCUUCUCGACGGAGAAAGGAAGCCUGAAAGUGAAAUGCUGUUAAUCUUUCAAGCUUUAGAAGCCAUAUUACUGAGGACAGCCAGCGACCUCUCACAUUUUUCUGCCGUGGGAAUGAACAUUGUCAAAAAGUUGAUUCAUUCCUAUAUGAAACUGGUCUAUGCUGCUUUGUAUUCUGAAAAUCACAGGAUGAGCCGAGGGUGCCUUACACUGCUGUCAGUGAUGGUGGCUCAGGGCCCGGAUUCAGCAAGGGACUUAUAUAGUCAUUUUGACUUCAAUAACAAGUACCUGCCUGGAUUGUUGAAAAAAAGAUGCAAACAGGGGAGGCCAGAUGUCCGCAUGGCCUAUAUUCAGUUUGCUCUCUCCUUUCUCAUUGCUGGUGACAAUGCAAUCUUGGCACAGGUUCUGGAAUUAAAAGAUUUCAUUCCAUCUAUUCUUCGCUCUGAAAUAAAGGAAGACAGAGUUUCUACUGUCAAUCUUCUACUUUCCACACUGAGAACUAAGGUGGUUCAUAACAAAAACAUCAGCAAAACACAGAAGGUGCGUUUUUUCACUCCAGAAGUGUUGCUUCACAUCGCUUCACUGUACCGUUGGAAUGGGAUUACUGAUGUCAGCCCGGAGGAUUUAAAGGUGGCUCAAGGUUCUAAGGAGUUGGGAAAAGCAAUGGUCCGAGAACUUGUGCAUAGUUUCUUAAUGGACCUCUGCUGCUCUCUGAAACACGGCAUAAUGUUCUGUGAUCCAAGUCUUGGAACUUCUGGCAAGGGAGGAAAUGUGGUACUUCUGCACUUCCUGCUUGGUCUAAAAACUGCAACAGAAGAUGAAAUGGUUGCUGAUCUUGUGGUGAAUAUUCUCAAAGUAUGCCCAGAUUUAUUGAAUAGAUACUUCAAAGAGACCCAGUAUUCCUUUGUUCCUAGAGUGAAGUCUGCUUGGAUGGACAACAUGAAGUUACUCAAGAAGAUCUAUGAGGCUCAAUCAGAGAUCUCCAAUUCUUUCAAGACUUCAGAAUUUAUUCCUCUUCCCAGAUUGCUUUCUAUGGUGAUGGUAACAACAGUCCCUGCAGUGUGUAAUAGAGCAAUGUUCAACCAAGGGUUAAAUUUGCCCAGCACAGAGGUGAAGCACAGCAUCCUAUCAUUGAUGUCCAUGGUGCUGAGAAGAGCUCUGAGGAACAUUCAACACUGUUUGUCUGAAGAAACCUGGCAAAGAUCACAAAUCUACACACUGCCAGCAGUGCAGGAGUUUGUGCAGCUCUACAGAGAAGCUGUCAGCAAGGUUUUACCAGACAUGACUAGUAUAGUGGCUGUCUGGCAGUCCCUGCUGAAGCAAGAGAAGGAUCACAAGGACAGCCCAGCAGAGAAAAAGGAAGGUGAUGAAGGCACUGUGAAGGCAAUGACCGAGAUAGAAGUUGCAGAACAGCAUGGUUCAGAUGAUGCUGAGACGCUGCUUCUGAAAGCUGCACUGCUUCAGGUCAUAUGUCUUUAUCAGAAGGUUGUGCCCCACUUGGUAGCACAGAGCAACUUUGAUUUUAGCAAGCUGCUAAAAGGUAUAGUCACUGAAAAGGGCCUGCGGGAAGAGGUCCCUCCUCUUCUGCAGCACCAUAUCCUGAAAGUGGCUCUGGAACUUCCCGCAAAUAAAUUUGCCUGGUUCAAAGUACAGGACAUCUCUGAGACAGAGAAGAUAUCUGGUGAAAAGUCAGUCUUCUAUUUACUGAUGAAAAUGUUUGUUACAAGUACCCGUUCUCAUUUGAAAAUGUCCACCAAAAAGUUAAUCAUCAAGGUUUUACGUGACAGUGGAGUGUUUGAGUACACAUGGAAGGAACUUUCCGUUUGGCUGGAACACUUGGAUAAUACAAAAGAAGACCAAAAGGAAUCAGUGAUUCAGUUUUUGGAAAGGAUCCUGCUGAAGCUGAUGACAAAGCCCUACCCCUACACAGACAAGGCAGCAGACCUGGUUCAGGAAGCCAGCAUGCUCCAGGUUGCUAAGUUUCAACAGGACUCUGAUAACAUCAGCAUCCCUGUCUCUCACAUUGAUGAUGCCCUGGAUAUGGUGGAUGUUCUGAUUGAGGGCAGUGGUGGCUUAGAUGAAGAAAUUGGGAUCUCUUUAAAUGAAAACAUUAUUAUCCAAACAUUUCCCUUCAGUGCUGUUGUCCCUGCUGCAUUAGAAGCCAGAAAUAUACUGUUGCUUCAGUCUGAAAACAGAACAGGAGCACACAUCGUGGAGUAUCUUGUUGCUGUUUUCACUGACCUCCUACACUCUCAGAGAGAACCCCUUGCUCUCUGCUUGAUGUUCCAGCUCUAUGACAAACAUCUUGAGUCCCUGAAAGUUGCUAAGUAUCCUCAGCUCUACCAGUUUAGCCGAUACUAUAAACUUUGGAUACCCAAGCAGCUCCAGGAACCUGUGGAGGUAAGCAAAGAACCUACUGUGUCACUGGAUUCUGUAUUUGCCACUUUGCUGAAGGGAGCCUAUGAGAGAGGAAGCAGUACCUUACUGGAAGAUGGUGUUCAGACAAAAUUGAGAGACUUGGCUUCUUGGCUCCUACCUGACCAGCUUUUGUUGGGAGUAAAGCAUGUGCUGCUGUACCUGAAAUCCACAGUGGAGAAUUUCAGCAGUGUUGGUAAAACUUUGGGUCCUCAGCUCAUUGACCUCUAUGUGGACAUUCUGAGCAUCUUGUUGUGCCGGGCAAAUAAAAUAAAGCUGAAUCAACAGAAGCAGGAAGAGCAUCAGGCUGAAUCUGAUCUCUUUAUGGAUGAGGAGUCUCUGAUAACAGAAGUGUCUUCAAAUGACAAGACACUGGAGGAUACGCUUACCUUGAUUUUCAGACAUCCUACGCUGGAGAGCUGGUUCCUGGCCUUGGAGCUGCACUCUAUUCCUCAGCCUGGUUUGAACCCUGUCACUGUGAAGCUCCUGUCAGCUCACCUCAAUUCUGGGGUGCUCCAGUUGCUGAAAACAGGUGCCCCCAUUGUGCAGAGCAUCACAACGGAUCACAGACACGUGUUGUCCAAGUAUUUCGAAACUAUCACCAAAAGUGUCCUGGAAGAGCUGCAGACUGUGGGGAAGGACAGAAGCCAGGUCUGUCCCACGAAAUCUCACCAGCUGCAGGCUCUGGAGAAGCUCCAUAUGUACAUGACUGCAGCUCAGCUAAAGGAGAUCACUCUAACCAUGCUGCAACUUCCUGAGAUGAGCUUGACUGAUCAGAAAUCUGAAAAAUCGCCUAAAAAAGGGAAACAGUUAAACUUCUAUGGACAAAUUUUGGUGCAGCUCCUUACAGACAGCUACCAAAGGCGUCCCCAGCAAGGAGAAUUUCUGCUAUCCACAAAGCAUAUUAAAGCUUUGGGGAUUUUGAUGUCAGCAUCGGCCAACAAAGAUUUGGAGGAGGUUUUCCUUCAGGCUCUCCAAAGUGAGCCUGUCCUUGCUCUUGCAGUUGAUGUUGAGGUUCAGACUCACUGCCUUGCCCAGUGCUCACACACCUCCCUGGCCAUUGUGGCCGUGCUGAUCCAGCACUCCAGGACUCACCUGCUGCAGUUUGAGCUCUGGUGUCUGAGUAGUGCCACUGGGAAGUACCUCAGGAAACACAUGGCGAGCUUUCUUCCGCUCAUUAAUGUGUACUUGCAAUGCAGAGACCAGUAUGGUUUCAGCCGACCUUCCACAGUUGUCUUGGCUGUCACACCUGUCCUGAGGAAAGUUCUGUGGAAGGAUCUCUGUGCUGGGAUUCAGGACACUGAAGCAUCGCCUGAGGCCACUGUGAAACUGCAAAUUCUUUCCAAGCUAUUGCCACCUCUGGGAAGCAAAGGGCUGCACAACUUAAUGGACUGCCUUCCUGCUGCUCUGGAGAGAGCAGGGAAUGAAGUGAGCUGGGCCGUAGCAGAUGCCAUAUCCACAGUGCUUAAAAACUCAGGGGAGCUGAAUUCCUGGAGGAGACAUCUCUUGUCUUCCUGCAUAAAGGGGUUAGUUUCCAUGUACAGCAGCAGUAGAGAUGAGAACAAGCAAGAAGUGGAGAGGUCCAUGCUGCUGAGGCUAGAGGAAUUAUUGUGUGUGGUUGAAGAAGUGGACCCAGAUGACUGGUGCAAUCUUGUGAAGACAGGGCUCAAGUACCAUUACAGAGAUGAAACGUUUCUGAAGGUCCUAAACGUUGCCAUCCAGUUACUAUACAAGAAAGAACCCUCACUUAGUAGGGGCUUAUUCAAGCUCUCAAAACUUCACAUGAUGGUCACACAGCACUCUUUAUUUUUGUCAGCCAUUCUGAGGUCAAGAGAAGAAGAUGGCAUGAACAUCCAGACAAGAGGGACAAGAGAGGCGCUGGUGGACAUUCUGCUGACAGCUGUGAAGCUCAGCCCCUCUCUGUGUGAGAGCAGUCACCUACCAGUGCUGCUGGGAGCCUAUGGGGCCACACUGAGCACCGUGGAUCAGAAGAUACUGCUGUUGCUUCAGUUGUAUGAGAAGAAUAAUCAAAGUCUUAUAAACUCCAGGAUCUUGCUGUGGGGUCCAGCUGCUGUGGAACAUCACAAGACUUGCAAGAGUCUGGGGAAGUCCUUGUGGCAGCAGCCAAGCAUGGAGGAGAUUCUGUGUCUGCUGGAUCAAGAGAAGAUGAUGAAGACGAUUCUGUCAUACCCUCAGCAUCGCCAGCUGCUGCCAUCACAGACUUGGUUUCAGGGAAUACAGGAGUCACUAUAUAAAGAUGAAACAGUGAAGAACCUUGAUGACUUCUAUGAUCCUUGUUUUCUACUUCCGCUCUUCAGUGAACUAACCAGACCAGAGUGUGUGGUGGCAUGUCACAAGUUUGUGGAAGUCAAUGCCCUGGGUCUCACAGUGGCUGCCCUGAGCAGCUACGACUCCAACAUGAGAGCGGCUGCGUAUUUUGUCCUGGCUUCCUUCCGUUCCCAUCUGGAAGGGGCUCGCUUUCAAGAGAAGAGCCAGUUGCUGUAUCUCUUGGAUGCCGUGCAGAACGGAAUCAGACAGCCAAACCUCAGGUUCACCUUCUCCCUGACACUCUACGCUGCUCGUGUGGCAAAGCAAAUCCUGAAGCCAGAGGAGCACAUGUACAUAAAGGUAAACAGAUUCCUUUUGUCACACCAGUAUUUGGACCUGAGGAAGGUACCGGGUUUUUUCCAGCUUUUCUACAGUUUUGAUUUUGAGUACAAAACAGAGCGUGAGUGGAUCCUCAGAUUUCUUGGGGAAGGGCUGCGUGACAAACAUUGCUAUGAGCUUUAUGACUACCAGAGGAUUUUCCAGAUCAUUCUUUCCUUUUUCAACAGUCCUUUGUGUGAUGAGGACUCCCAGAGUUGUAUUCUGGAGAUAUUACAAAGUGCUGCCUGUGUCACCAGAGCUGCCUUUGAGCUGAUACAGGAUCACAGCCUCCUCACGUGGGUCCUGCACAGCUUAGAGAAAAGGUUUCUGGAGAACAAGGUGAUAAAUAAAAUUAUUUCUUUACUCCAUACUCUAUGGCUAACAAAUUUAGGAGACAAGAGAGAAGACAAGAAUCAAUCCCAGGAGAAUAGGAAACUUCUUCCUAUUCAGCUUGUAAAUGAAUUUUUGUGUGUUUUGGUCACAUUAACCAAACAUAUUCGGACUAAUGGAGAUCUGGCCAAGCUGAGUGAGUUGUUCAGCACCCUCAGCUCUGUGCUGGAAUACCGUGCUGUUGUUGUGGAGGCUUUUAGGGAGAGGAGGCGUUUCAUGGUCAACGACAGCAUCCUCUCCAGCAGGGAGCUGCUGCUGCUGCUACACAAGUGGAGCCUUGUCAGCCAAGACCUGCAGCUGCAGGAGGACCUGCAGGCCCUGGCUCAGAAGGACCAAAAGAAAGAAUUGCUCAAAAAUAUUAAAGACAAGAACAAACAUCAAGCCUCAUCUUGUGUGUAUCAUCACACUCGGAAAAAGAAUGGGAGGGAAGAAGAUGACACUGCUGCAGACGUGGAAGUGUCUGAGCUGGAGAAAUGCAGAGAACAUCUGAAUUCCAUAUUUGCCCACUGGGACCCUGUUUUUCCAGUACCACCCUCCACACAGGGAGGGGAGACCCUCAGAGCUGGUGAACGGGGGGGUGAGGCAGUGGCUGUCACCUGUGCAUCCAUUCACGUUGUCACUAAGUGGCUGGUGAGGUCCCUGACUGGGCAGAGUUCCCUGAGGGAGCAGGAUGUGUCACCAGUGCUGAGGUGGCUGCGGAACUGUGUCCUACCACACCCGGCGGCUGUGCGCGAGAUGCUCAGGGAUGAGGCACUGAGGAACAGCCUCUUCAAGCUUUACACCCGGCUUUGCCAGGAGAGCAGCACCUCAGCUGGGCUCUCCAGGCAGCUCGGUGGGCUCAGUUCCAUCAUGCUGCAGCUGAUGGAAGAGCAGGGCUUGACCAGCAGCUUCCAUGAGCUUGUGAAAUCUCUUUGUCUAUCAGCAAUAGUGGAAGAGGAUGCGGACAAGACAGCUGUUUCUGUAUUCCUGACUUCCAUUUACAUUGGAGACAUGUGGCUUGGAGCACAGGAGCCGGAUAUGUUACUUACCCAUGUCAGAUUGAUCUGCACUAGUGGAGAUUAUGAAUUACAGGAUGACUCAGACACUUGGAAACAAGGGGAAGAAACUGUUAUGUCUCUUUGCAAAAAAAUUUGGCUCCAUCAGGGCAUUAAUUCAGGGGACUAACACUUCACCUUUAACAUUUUUCUGUGUUCCGUCCUCAUCACUGUGAGCUGUGAGAGCCUCCUGAGCUGUUCUCAUAUAGACCUACUUGGUCAAAAAAAUCCGUAUUUUAUUACUGGGUUCAAACUCGGGGAAGAUUUGAUUCAAUGUCUCUCAGUGGGACAUGAAAGCUUCAAUUUGCCUUUUCUUGAACAGAUUGAGGGAGAAUAUGUAAUGUUAUUACAAUUAUGUAAUUUUUAUUGCAGGCAUUUUUGUAUUUUUGAAGAACCAGAAAGACUUUUUGUGCCUGUGUGUGCCCUUAAUAUCCAUGCUCUCUCUAAUACAGGAUGGGAAAAAAUGGCUGCAGAGCUUCCUACACUGGGAUGUAAUGCAAAGAACCAGGAGACAGAGGUUUAGUCACCAUG